AGGUGCUUGUUCGAGUUGCUUCCGAAUGCAGUUUUAGUCAGAAUGGUGAAUUUUCCAAACGGGUCCCUUUUGAAAAGGGGAGUUGUACACGGCAAAAAUUUCCUCACUGGUUUCGCAGACUCUUCAAAGGGUCCUAAACGUCCUUAAAUACUCGCCUGGGUUGCCAUUCAUGCCGCAGUUUUUUGCACAGUCAGCAGUUUCGAAUUCCAUUUUCGUAGAGUUUGGGAUCGGUCAUCAUCCCUGCCAUGCCUGUAAGUGAGAAUCGCCGCCUGGUGUUGGUCCUCUUCCCCUUGCAGGGCCACAUCAACCCCAUGCUUCAGCUAGCCACCAUACUGAACUCGAGAGGCUUCUCAAUAACCAUUGCUCAUCCUGAGUUCAACUCUCCCGAUCCUUCCAACUAUCCGAAUUUCACCUUCUUACCGAUACCUGAUGGCUUGUCUAAAAGCAGCUUCGCUGCUCAGGACUUCCACUCGACGAUGAUUGCCAUUCACAGGAACUGCCAGGAACCCCUUCGACGAUUUAUCCUACAAACGUUGGAACAGAAUAAUCCACAGGGUCAGGUUGCAUGCAUCGUCUAUGAUGCGGUGAUGCACUUUGCUCAAAAGGUGGCUUCUCAAUUGAAUCUGCCGAGUAUUAACGUUCGAACCAGUGCAGCUGCUUCUAUGUUGGCUUUUGCCGCCUUUCCCCGGGCCGACGAGCAAGGCUAUAUAACUUUCGCAGAUUCUUUAACUCAGGAUGAAUCCCACAAGUUGCAGUCCCUCGAACUCAGGGACCUUCUCAUUACCAUGGGGGAGAAUCCCUCAGACACCACCCUAGAGCUUCGGGCUGCCACGACAAGUGCGACGAGAAAUUCCUGUGCAACCAUCGUGAACACAAUACAGUUCCUCGAAGAGGAGACGCUACCGAAGAUUCGAGAAUAUUUCCAUGCACCGAUAUUUGCCAUUGGCCCUUUUCACAAGUUAGCCCCUUCUUCCUCUAGCUCGCUACUGGAGGAAGAUACCGGGUGCAUUUCAUGGCUCGACAAGCAAGCUAGCAGAUCGGUCCUAUACGUGAGCUUCGGCAGCGUGGCUAGCAUGAACGAGGAACAACUGCUUGAAACUGCCAUGGGAUUGGCCAUGAGUGAGAGGCCUUUCUUGUGGGUGGUACGACCCAGUUCGGUGGGCUGCACGGAGUGGGUCGAGCUCUUGCCAAAGGGAUUCCAAGAAAUAAUAGGACAAAGAGGUUGUAUUGUGAAAUGGGCACCGCAGAAGGAAGUUUUGGCUCAUGGUGCAGUAGGAGGAUUCUGGACUCACUGCGGAUGGAACUCGACCCUGGAAAGCAUCUGCGAAGGCGUUCCCAUGCUCUGCUGGCCGGUGUUCGGCGACCAAGUUCUGGAUGCGAAGUACAUUAGCCACUUAUGGAAGAUCGGACUGCAGUUGGAAGCGAAGCUAGAACGUGGGAAGAUCGCAAGAGCCAUCAGACAACUAAUGGUAGAGGAAGAAGGGGAGGAGAUUAGACGAAAGGCCCAGGAAUUCAAAGUGAGAGCUGAACAAAGUCUCGACAUUGGCGGUUCCACCAACACUUCAUUGAAUGAAUUGGUGGAACUCAUCCUGUCAUUCCAAUCUCAACAUGUAACACCAGACUAACCGCAAAUUCUGGCCUCCAACCGCCACCGAAGUAUCUGUUUAUGCAUUCUAAUACCAUCUUGUCGAGGGGACCUUUCGCUCACACCCAAAAGUCCGGUGACAGAUCGGAUAUCAGCAUGCCGAAUGAACAGUGUUUUCCGAUAGCGUCUUUUUCUUUGUUUUAUAUGUUCAAAAGAUUUCUUGCGAUCUAGUGGAUGGUUGCGACAUGCUAGAGAGAAUUUGA